GGCGACGGGGUUGUGUGUGUGUGUGUGUGUGUAACUGAAGAGGCUGGACCUCCAGCCGCUCCAUGGCCGGGCGGGAUUAAGUUUCAUGGCUGUCUGUGUGUUUAUCCUCCCGUUACUUCAGGAGGGGAAAGGGAGCAGAGGGGCAGGGAAAAGGCCCCCUUCAAGUCUGGCUCAAAGAGAGAAAACCCCCAGGGCUGAACCAAACAAUAACCCUUCAGCUCCAAAGCUACAGCUGAACUCGUGAGGGGGGGAAAAGUGUGUGUAUGUGUGGAGGGUCAUCUCUGGAGAAGCAACUAAGCGGGAAAUUAACCCUUCAGCUCCAAAGCCCACCCGCAGCCGGACUUGGGGAGGGAAAGGGGGGCAGCUCUGGAGACUGAGAAGCAGACCCGGCCUGGAAGAUCCUCAUAUUAACAACUGUUUAGUGAACUGGGAAUUAAGCACGUGGAAACCAUGUUGGAAACAAUAGAUACACAUCGGGCCCUCCAGGCAGUGGAACGUCUGCAAGCCAAGUUACGUGAAAGAGGUGAUACCUCAAACGAAGAGAAGUUGAGCUUACUGAAGUCAGUGUUGCAAAGUCCCUUGUUUAAUCAAAUCUUGAACCUUCAAAUUUCUCUUCCACAAUCAAGAGAUCAGGUCAACGUUGCACCUUUGGUCACCUCGCCUGGAGAGAUCUUGCAGCUUCCCCAUCAUGGUUCUACACUCCCAAAUGUGGGUUCUUCAUUCCAGAAUGAGUCCUAUCUGUUGGCUCAGUCAAAUGGUAGCCUUUCUAGUGGGCUGGGAGCAGGCAUACGAUCAGUCACUCCUCAAAUUAAUGGAAAGUUUACCAGUGAUGAAUUUGAAUUACUUAUCAGAAAUAUGGCACAGGGGCGCCUUGUUGAAACUAUAGAACUUGUAAAGCCUUCAAAUGGUGGCCUGGGAUUUAGUGUGGUUGGUCUGAAGAGUGAAUACAGAGGAGAGCUGGGUAUAUUUGUGCAGGAGAUCCAAGACGGAAGUGUGGCACAAAGAGAUGGAAGACUGCAGGAAGCAGAUCAAAUCCUUGCUAUUAACGGGCAAGCUCUUGAUCAGACAAUUACACAUCAACAGGCUAUUGGCAUCUUACAGCAAGCAAAAGAUAUUGUUCAGCUGGUUGUUGCUAGGGGUUCUUUGCCUCAGCUCAUCAGUCCUAUAAUUUCUCGAUCUCCAUCAGCUGCUAGUACAAUCUCAGCCCAUUCCAAUCCGGUUCAUUGGCAACAUGUUGAGACAAUUGAGUUGGUGAAUGAUGGGUCAGGUCUGGGAUUUGGGAUAGUGGGUGGAAAAUCAACUGGAGUAAUCGUUAAAACCAUUCUUCCAGGAGGAAUAGCUGAUCAGAAUGGUAGGCUGUGCAGUGGAGACCACAUCUUGAAAAUUGGUGAGACAGAUCUGAGUGGAAUGAGCAGUGAGCAAGUAGCCCAUGUGCUGAGGCAGUGUGGAAACAGAGUGAAACUGGUGAUAGCCAGAGGUCCCAUAGAAGAGCCUGCACCACCAGCGGUUCCUCCAGGGACACCAGUACAGACGUUCAUGGUAGAUAACCAGAGAGAGGAAGAGACACAAGUCGAUACUGUUGCAGAUGGAAACACUUUUGAAGUGACACUUACGAAAGACAUCCAAGGAUUAGGAAUAACUAUUGCUGGCUAUAUUGGAGACAAAACUUCAGAACCCUCUGGGAUUUUUGUGAAGAGUAUCACAAAAGGCAGUGCAGUUGAGCAUGAUGGUAGAAUCCAGGUUGGAGACCAAAUUAUUGCAGUGGAUGGAACAAAUCUUCAGGGUUUUACCAACCAGCAAGCAGUGGAAGUUUUGCGGUGCACGGGCCAGACAGUUGGACUCACAUUGGUCAGGAGAGGCCUUAAACAGGAAAUUCACAUGCGGCCUCAUGAGGACUUCAGUGGUGCUGUUGAAAAGGAUAUAAUUUUUCAAAUGAUGGAUAUUGGCACAGGCAAAGAAAGCUGUGAAAGAGAGCAGGAAUCUCCAUUAAUGUCAUGCAGUACCAGUGUGGUUCACAUUGGAGAAGACAUUAGUCCACAACAACCAGGUUUUCAGAUAACUUCCACAGAUGAAGAAAUGUCAUUACAUAACAAAUGGCAGACAAUUUUGGGAACAAAUUAUGAAGUUGUGGUAGCUCACGUGAACAAGUUUAGCGAAAGCAGCGGACUGGGGAUAAGCUUAGAAGCUACAGUGGGACAUCAUUUCAUCCGAUCUGUUUUGCCAGAAGGGCCAGUUGGAAGAUGUGGCAAGCUGUUCAGCGGAGAUGAAUUGCUGGAAGUAAAUGGAAUAUCAUUGCUUGGAGAAAAUCAUAAGGAUGUGGUAAAUAUUUUAAAAGAACUGCCCAUCAAAGUCACAAUGGUUUGUUGCCGUUCAGCUCCACCUGCAAAGAACCCAGCCUUGGAGGAGUCUCAUAUGAUGGAACAGUCUCAUAUAGAUCUUGGUGGACUGCCUGGCUCUUCAGAGACAGAGGACACUAACUUGGAAAUGCCUGAUAUGAGCCAGAAUACAGAUGAAGCUCAAGGAUCGUCUUUGGCAAUGUGGGAAACGGAAGUACAGAAAAUUGAAUUAGAGAAAGGGAGCAUGGGACUAGGUUUUAGCAUAUUAGAUUACCAGGACCCAAUGGAUCCUGCAAACACCGUGAUUGUGAUCCGCUCUCUUGUUCCUGGUGGUGUUGCUGAAGAAGAUGGCAGACUUCUCCCAGGAGACAGGCUCAUGUUUGUCAAUGACAUCAACCUGGAAAAUGGCAGCCUGGAGGAAGCUGUGCAGGCCCUGAAAGGAGCACCAAUGGGAAGAGUUGGAAUUGGAGUCGCUAAACCAUUGCCUCUUUCACCAGAAGAGGGCUAUGUUUCUGCUAAGGAAGAUUCCCUUUUCUACACUGCCCAGUCCUUUGAGGAGGAAGGGCUAGCUGAUUCAGCCCUCUUCCAUGCUGAGCUGGCUCUGGUGGACUCAAGUGAGGCAGAUCUAGCGGAGGAAUCCACCUUUGAAUCACAGUAUUCUCCAGACAAUGAUGCUACAUUCCAGUCUCCAGUUUCAGCUCUACAUGGCAGCACCUCUGUUGAUGAUCUGAAGUAUAAUUCCUCUUCAACUCCCAAGACGGUGUGCAAAGAAAGUUGUGAUGCCUCAACCAGUUAUCGUCAAUUGUCUGACCAGAACUUGUACACUAUGGAUCUAAUGCAAAGAAGAAUGGAGAGUAAAUCUUCUGUAGAUGUGUUUGUGGAAGAGUCUGCUAUAUCUUGUCUUGUGAGUCCCACAACACAUUCUUCUAAGAAACUAGUUGAACAUGAAAACACAAAUAUUUGGAAACAGUCUUCAUUAACACCUGAACUUUCACACAAUGAGGACUUGACUCUCAAAAUGCCAUCUGAUUCUGUUGGGAAGGAAAAUAAUAGUCUAACACAUUCUGGGAACUCUUCUGCAAUCCUUAAUACAAACAGAAACAAAUUUGAGAAGACUAUUACUAUUGCAAAAGGGAAUUCGAGUUUAGGAAUGACAGUAAGUUCCAAUAAAGAUGGCUCAGGAAUGAUAGUCCGGAGCAUCAUCCAUGGUGGUUCUAUUAGUCGUGAUGGGCGAAUCGGUGUAGGAGACUGCAUACUGUCUAUUAAUGAGGAACCUACCACUAAUUUAACCAAUGCACAGGCGCGGGCAAUGCUGAGGAGACAUUCUCUCAUUGGACCAGACAUAAAAUCUUCUCCAGCACCUGCUGAUGAUCAGGCCCCCUUUUAUGUUAUUAGCUAUGUGCCAGCAGAGCAAUUAGAAGAGUAUCAGGCCAGUUUAACCCAGCAAUCAGAAGGAGCUAUGCCAUUAGAUGUUUUCCCUUCCCAUGCUGUGAGAGAAAUCCCAGAACUACCAGAACGUGAAGAAGGGGAAGGAGAAGAAAGCGAACUUCAGAAUGCCAGCUAUAAUAACUGGAACCAACCAAGACGGGUUGAGCUCUGGAGGGAGCCUAGCAAAUCCCUGGGAAUCAGCAUUGUUGGUGGACGAGGAAUGGGAAGCCGCCUGAGCAGCGGAGAAGUCAUGAGAGGAAUCUUUAUCAAGCAUAUUCUUGAAGACAGCCCUGCUGGCAAAAAUGGAACCUUAAAAACAGGAGAUAGAAUAGUAGAGGUGGACGGGAUUAACCUCAGAGAUGCGAGCCACGAACAAGCUGUGGAAGCCAUACGGAGGGCAGGCAAUCCUGUAGUCUUUAUGGUACAAAGCAUUAUAAACAGACCAAGGCCAGAAUCUCUCUAUAGCUCUUUAUCGUCUUCUGCUCCCAGUGGGCAGAAAUCUAAUAAUCCAUUUUACCACCAAUCAUCACAGAACCUCCUUAUGCCUUAUCUGCAGUACAACCCUUUCAGUAAGCCUCCUGCCUUCAGCAGCACUAACCCUUUUGUUGAUCCUCUCCAGUUCAACACUAACAAGGACGUGCAGCAUCCAAUUAGAUUUACCUCCAGUUGCUCCCCAUGUAACCCCUUUGCACCUACACCAUUUAAGGCAUCCAGUCAGUCAGAUUCAGAGCCAGAAAAGAUUUCAUCCUGUAAUUUGCCUCUGCCUCCUCCUUCAGUAUCUUCAGGAAUGAGUGGGGAGGUGGUGCCACAGUCCUGUAACAAGCACCCAGAAGACUGGGAUAAGGAAGACGAGUUUGGAUACAGCUGGAAAAAAAUCAGUCACCGGUAUGGUAAUCUAUCUGGAGAUCUCCACAUGAUAGAAUUGGAGAAAGGGAAGGCUGGCUUAGGACUUAGCCUUGCUGGGAACAAAGACCGGUCCAAGAUGAGCGUUUUUGUUGUGGGAAUUGAUCCAAAUGGAGCAGCUGGAAAAGAUGGCAGGCUGCAGAUUGCAGAUGAGUUACUGGAAAUAAAUGGGCAAGUUCUAUAUGGAAAGACCCACCAGAAUGCAUCUUCAAUAAUUAAAUGUGCACCUUCUAAAGUGAAAAUAAUAUUUGUCAGAAACAAAGAUGCUGUCCAUCAGAUGGCAGUUUGUCCUGGGAAUUCAGCAGAGACCUCUACUACAUCUUCUGGGACUCAGCAUGAUGAGGGUGAAGUGAAUCAGAGUCCUGUUCCAUCUGUAGAUUUGAGUUUAUAUAAGAAUAUUCUAAAUGUGGAACUUCCUAAGGAUCAAGGUGGCAUAGGCAUUGCCAUUGGUGAAGAAGACACAUUUAAUGGUGUGGUUAUUCAGAGUAUAACAGAGCAUGGUGCAGCAGGAAAGGAUGGCAGGAUUAAAGUUGGAGAUCAGAUUUUAGCAGUGGACGAUGAAAUUGUUGUGGGAUACCCUAUAGAGAAGUUUAUCAGUUUGUUGAAGACAUCAAAGCCCAUAGUGAAGCUCACAGUCAAUUCAGUAGAACCGGAGACUCAGACAGCUGGUCAGCCACAUCCCCUGAGUUGCAUUACUACUUUGGGUGAGAAAACUAAUAUCCAGCAGCCAGCAAUUCUUCCACCUUCUGAAUCACCAGAACCGGAGUCAAUUAAAAACACAAGCAGGUCUUCAACGCCAGCAACAUUAGCUUCUGACCCAACAACAUGCCCCAUCAUCCCUGGCUGUGAAACUACAAUUGAUAUAUCCAAGGGGCGUACUGGUCUUGGCUUGAGCAUUGUAGGAGGAGCUGACACUUUACUGGGAGCUAUUAUUAUCCAUGAAGUUUAUGAAGAAGGAGCAGCUUCCAAAGAUGGAAGACUGUGGGCUGGUGAUCAGAUCUUGGAGGUGAAUGGUAUUGACCUAAGGAAUGCGACACAUGAUGAAGCCAUAAAUGUUCUCAGACAGACGCCUCAAAAAGUCCGCCUCACUGUUUAUAGGGACGAAGCCCAAUAUAAGGAGGAAGACAUGUAUGAUGUACUUAGCAUAGAAUUACAAAAGAAACCAGGAAAAGGUCUUGGACUCAGUAUUGUUGGGAAAAGAAAUGAUACUGGAGUAUUUGUAUCAGACAUUGUCAAAGGAGGUAUAGCAGAUCUAGAUGGGAGAUUAAUGCAAGGCGAUCAGAUAUUAAUGGUGAAUGGUGAAGAUGUUCGAAAUGCUAACCAGGAGGCAGUGGCUGCUUUGUUAAAGUGCUCAUUAGGUACAGUCAGACUAGAAGUUGGAAGAAUAAAGGCAGGUCCAUUCCAUUCGGAGAGGAGAACGUCUCAGAGCAGCCAGGUCAGUGAAGGAAGUGGCAGCCUAUCAUCCUUCAGUUUCCCAGGUUCUGGAUUGAAUGUACCUGAAAGUUAUGAGAACACUCUGAAGAAGAAUUCCUUGGCAUCUGAAAUACAAGGAUUACGAACAGUGGAAAUCAAAAAGGGCCCUUCAGAUUCUCUGGGAGUUAGUAUUGCUGGAGGAGUUGGAAGCCCCCUUGGAGAUGUUCCCAUUUUUAUAGCCAUGAUGCAUCCCAAUGGAGUUGCAGCACAAACGCAGAAACUUCGGGUUGGAGACAGAAUUGUGAGCAUUUGCGGAACAUCUACAGAAGGCAUGACUCAUUCUCAGGCUGUUAGUUUGCUGAAAAAUGCUUUGGGCACAAUUGAAAUACAGGUUGUAGCUGGUGGAGAUGUCAGUGUUAUUACCAGCCAGCAGCAAGAUCCACCAACGUCAAGUCUUUCAUUUGCAGGACUAACGUCAAGCAGCAUAUUUCAAGAUGAUUUAGGACCUCCACAAUACAAAACCAUCACUUUGGAUCGAGGACCAGAUGGCUUGGGCUUCAGUAUUGUUGGUGGGUACGGAAGUCCUCAUGGAGAUCUACCCAUUUAUGUUAAGACAGUAUUUGCAAAGGGCGCUGCUGCAGAAGAUGGACGCCUAAAGCGAGGGGAUCAGAUCAUCGCUGUCAAUGGACAGAGCUUGGAAGGGGUCACACAUGAAGAAGCUGUAUCUAUUCUGAAAAGGACAAAAGGAACUGUCACAUUGACUGUUCUCUCUUGAACCCUCUAACCAAAGAGGUCAGCACACAAUUACUCUGUCCAAAUUCGUUUAGCAAAGAGAAUGGACAUGUUUAUGUAGCUCUCUUGUAGUUGCAAGUUGUCAGGUUCUUCUACAUCAAAGGUGAAAAAUUAACAAAUGAUCCUAUUUUUAUAAACAGUAGAAAUAUUUUCUUGCAAAGGAUUUCAGAGAUUGGUUCUGUAGUAUAGGACUGUGACAGGAGACCUGAAGAACAGCAUUAAUACAUCGGAGGGGCAUGGAGACAACAUGGAGGCAGAAUAAAAGGACCAAAAAAAUAAGAGAUAUUUUGAUAAUGUUGAGACACAUGGUGUUGGGUGAAAUAAGUUGGAUGUUUUGGUGUUCCAAACAUGCAUAAUCCUUGGAUGUUUGUUUAUACCAGCAUUACAUAACGAAUGCUAAGUUAACAGACAGAAGUUUUAAAAACCUGAAUUGAUCAGACUGAUUAACUUGUACUGCUGCUGUUAAUUAUAUGCUCAGCAGUCAAAUGUGAAGUUUCAACCCUUUUCUGUAAUAAUUUUGGAUGGGGAAAAACACAUGUUUUUUUUUUAAAAAAGAAAAGGUUUUAGAAGCUUGUUCAGCAUUCAUGAAAACUGUCGUUUCUGACCAUUGUUUUUAUUCACUAGUAGCAAAAAGCCCGUCAUUGCAGUCAGUGCCUCUCUGUUAUGUCCCAGGGAUAUAGGUCACCUCCUCUUCCUUCUCUGUACAGUUUCUGGCAGUGAUAGCCAGGCCAUCCAAGGUCAAAGUGGCAAAGUAGAUUUUCCUAUUUGCAUUGUGUCUACUAUUCCCUACAGGGGCGAAUGUUAAUUAUUACACAGAUGCAUGCAUAAAUGCACACACCUAAUAGCUUUUGUUGGAGAUUUUGAUCUUAAAUCCUGGCUUUGACCCUAAAUCUUUAUAUUAAUUGCAGAGGAAACUUUGGAAAUGUUAACAUUCUAGAAGGUAAAUGUAGAGGCUGUUAUUUUCAAUAAUUUUAUGUACUUAACUAUAUAAAUUUGGCCUCCUCUAUAUGAUAUUUGGAAUCCCCUAUAUAAUGAGUUACAGCAUGACUCCCGUAUCUGCGAAGAAUAUAUUUUGAAUUUAGAGUGAAAAUGUGAAACAACUAAUAGUGAACCUUAUUGAAAUGAACAACUUAUGGUGAAAAUAUACUAUAGAAUCACGCUGGAGGACCUAGAAAAUGCUCAGAAGAACUUCAUUUCAAGAAUUGGAGGAUAUGAAUUUAUCAACAUUUGAAAAUUUCUUCAUCUGAAAAACAGAAGAAUUUAAAACAUCCCGCUGUGGUAAAAGAUGAAACUAAUUUGUUUUUCCAAACUUUGAACUAUAAAUUUUUGAACUCUCAGAAGUCUGGAAGAUUAGAACUCUUGGCUUUUAGGGAUGAAUUGGGAUUGCUACCCAUUUUAUAUAUAAACAGAUACAACCUAGUACUCUCCAAACUGAGAAGUGAAUGUAUUGAAGUGGUGGAAUAUUUUUGUUGGAUUCUUUUGCAAAAUUCAUUGAGACUCAUACAUUUCUUUUUAUUUGUUUUUUAAAACCUUUGAAUUCUAGAAAAAAAAGCUAAAGCCCAUCCUUACUCAGGAACCUGAGUUAGUAAGAGUAUGAAGUCAGAUGUCUUAAGGAAGGCAUUGCGUUAAAUCAUACUUAAGUCUCUCCAAGUAUAGUUUAGAAGAGUUAAUUCUUGGAGCUACAACUCUCAGAAACCUCCAGGCAACAUAGUCAACCCUCAACCUUAUGAUUCCAUUCUUGUACUGUCGUCAUUUGUCUAAGAGGUUGUGAAUGCAAUUCAAGAGAUGUCUGUAAAAUUAAAGUGUAGUUUUGGGAUGUAACCCAAAGAGAAUUAUAAUCACUAUUGCCAGGAGCCAAGAGGAACGAGAGAUCACAUCUGGGGCAAAUUUUAGAGAGCUGUCUGUGCCUGCUGUUUUUAUAUGAUGUAUACCUAAAUUCAUAACAAAUAGAUUAUUUGCUCUUUCUUAUCAGUACAGUGAGAACUUGUUUCUGUGAAAAUUUAUUCCUCAUAACAGCAUAUUAUAUUUGUGGUUGACGGGAACAAAUGCUUCUCAUCCCCAGACAUUAUUUGAUGCUGGAUGUUGUUUGCUCUUGUUCAUGUCUGGUAUUUUAAUUCAAAUGCUCAUAAAAUGGUUAAUAUCAGGACAUAAGGAGCACACUAGGCUCCCACCAUGAUCAUACCACAUCUGCAGUCAUGAAUUCUGAUGAGUGACGCUUAGACUCUCCUGUGCAGACUAUCACUCCAAAUCUGAAAUGAUGGAUGUAACAAUAUGGCGAGGUCCUGCAAUGCCCCCUCUGCAUACAUUAAUUUUAAACCUUUUUGUGAUUACUGCUAUAGGGCUUAACUUUGUGCAUAUUCAAACAAUACCAAACCCUAGGACACAUUGGAUUUUUCUCACUCAUAUGAUUCUCAAAACAAAGAGUAGCUCUGUGAUGUUGAAGGAAAACAAGGAACAAAAAUAAUUUGCAGUUGAAAACAUAUGCAGUUGAUAUUCAGAAAUCGGUGAGGGAGAAGCAAAAGUUUAAAGCAUAAUAAUCCUAAGUAUAUUCACCCAGAUCGAAGUGACUUCGACUGUAAUCCUAUACACACCUAAAUAGGACAAGGUCCUGUUGAACUCCUUUUUUCUGAGUUGGUGUUUAUAGUGUAUUGCCAUUCUGUCCCUUGUGAGUAUCUACUCUUUCAAUCUGCAUAUAAUGUUGUAUUCGUUUCUCUAACUUCUUACCUUGCCCCACAGUACAGUUUUCUAUGGGCAUCACAGAGCCCUCUGUAUUUUAUCUUAUUCUGCUUAUCCUACAUUAAAAGUUUAAAUUUCAUAAGAAUAGCCCAAACCAGGAUUUUGUGAACCUUUUCUUUUAUCUGUAGCAUGUACCUAGUUUUCAGAGAGUAAGCAGUGGUUAAUUAUCACUUUGAGAGAGAGAGAGAUGAUGCAGAAGAAAGUAAGUUCAAAAGAACCACAAGUCCUUUUCCUACCCAUCCUAGAUAUGCCAAGGUUUUUCACUGUUCUCAGGGCUUGCUGGUUAGGUCUCAUUUUGUUUAAAGCAUUCCAUUUUUACCCUUUUUGUGGAAAUCAUGAUGCAUCACUUUGUGCUUUACUAUCAAGGGUUCUUAGAGAAUGGAAACUUCUAUAGAUUUAAGGCAAUCUAGCACUGGCCUCAUGCUAAAUUACCUUUGUAAGUUACUAAUGGCUGGCAUUGCUUCUACUAAGAAGAAAAACUAAUUUUCAAGUAAAAUAUUGCACCAGAGGAGAAGACUGUGAAGUCUAUGAAAGCAGCUUGAAAAAAAGGUUAAACAUGUACAAGUCUUGCAGGAAACAUUUUCCCCAUCCCCAAAUCCCUUUCUUAUGCUGGAAAUAGCCACUUGACUACAGAGUUCAUAAGACAGUAAACUUUUACAGCCAAAUUAGGAAGGCUAUCCAAAUGUGUGCUAUUUCCUUAGAACAUUGUAAUGGGAAAAAUUUAAACUUCUUUUCAUAGCAAUAUGUUAUGCUUGUUGCUAAAGUAGUGUUACAUCUUUUGAUGCAUUCUCUCUUUAAACUAUAAUGGAAAAGUAAGGUUUUUCAUUCACCAGAACAAAGAUGUGUCAUCAGUUUCCUACUGUUUUCUUGAGUCUUGUUGAUUGCUUCACAAAUUUUCAAGAAAAUAUAAGAGGCUAUUGACUGAAUUGUUGAUGUUUAAUGAAAGGGGAAAUUUAAAGACAAACCAGUUAGAAAAAAUAGGAGAGGCACAAGUAGCUUUUCUUCAGAAUGAGGGGGAAAUAGGACGUUUCUAGAGCUAUUUUUAGAAAUCUGUUAGUUAAGAAAAAUUUAAAUGAAUGAAGUCAUUUGGUAUCAUUAAUUAAUUACAGAUGUUCCAUGGGCUAGUCCCCAUAAAAUACAGUAACUGGAAGCAAUCAGUGUUGAAUUACUGUCUUGUAUGCACUAACAGCUUAGAAUGUGUCAUGGCUACUUUACAAUAUGUGCAACCACUUGAAAUAUUCUCUAUAUUUGUAACAGAUGUAGUGUACAGAUAUUUUAUUACUGCCAUUGUGUCUAAAUGCAGAAUUUUAGUUUAAUAAAUGUGAAGCUGUCUGUGGUGAACAAA